AUGAAGAUCCUCUUGUUUUCACUAAUCCUGCAAAUUUUGAUGCUAGUGCAUGCUCCGCCUCCUAAUCCCAAGAUUCUACUCGACCUGGACAUCUCUGGGUACAUGUCAGAGAAAAUCAGCGUCGCUCCAUCCAUCGAAUUCUCCGGAGGUACGACUUAUCACGUUAGAAAAAACUCCAGACACAACUACAUCAUUGACACUGUUCGAGACGGAGUUGAGAUGUUGAUCGGAGGCGAUCCCAGGAAUACAAGUAGAUUUGUUCUCGUUGUGCUCGGAGAUGGAGGCACAAAGUACGUGAGAAUCAUCACAAAUCGCAUUUCUGACAUUCGUGGGAGCUAUGUAAAGACUGUUGACGAGUUUGUCAAGAAUCCAGGAGAUGCUUUAUACGCACCAGUAGUCAGAGAACCUCUACAGAUUGACAUCAUGACCCAGAAAACUACAGAUAUCAUCCGUGAGGAUGUAGUUUUGGAACCUCUGGAUGCUUACUCGGACAAUGCCGAUGAACGGCCAAAGGUUCCAAAAGUCCUCCAUACAAAACUAACUAUACAACCAAAGAUGGUUAACAAGUAUAUAAUCGGUGUGGUAAGGUUUGGAAGACAUCUGAUAACGGAAGAGACCAACAACGUCAUGAGAAGAACCAUACUAUGGGAAGGAGGACUGGACGCUCCUCGCAUAAUCGUUAUCACAAGCUUCUCCUUUGGAGAACUCUGGACUGAAACUCACGAGUUUGAUCGCAUUGAAUCAGAGUUUAAACUAAAGAGUAGCAAGAAGAGGGGAAUUCAUAGUGAGUAG